CACCACUUCAUGUACCCCGAGAGUGCCAAGAACCUGCCCGCCAACGUCAGCUUCGUGCUGGUGCCCUUCAAAACCCUGGACUUGCUCUGGAUCGCCAGUGCCCUCUCCACCGGCCAGAUCAGGUUCACGUACGCACCCGUGAAGCCUUUUCUGCGAGUGGACAAAGAAAAGGUGCAGAUCUACAACCCUGCCUUCUUCAAGUACAUCCACGACCGCUGGACGGAGCACCACGGGCGCUACCCCUCCACCGGCAUGCUGGUGCUCUUCUUCGCCCUCCACGUCUGCGACGAGGUGAACGUCUUUGGGUUCGGCGCCGACAGUCGGGGCAACUGGCACCACUACUGGGAGAACAACCGCUACGCCGGGGAGUUCAGGAAGACGGGGGUGCACGAUGCCGAUUUCGAGGCGCACAUCAUCGACAUGCUGGCCAAAACCAGCAAGAUCGAGGUUUACCGGGGAAACUGA